AUGGCCCUCAAGAGCACUAGCACUCUUCUGAUAAAACCGCUUUCCACAUACUUCACAAAUGUAAUUCUUUUCUCCAGUGUGUAUUCUGAUGUGAUAGUUCAAAUGACUUUUUAUAUUAAACCCUUUGCCACACUCCCCACAAACAUAAUUCUUUUCACCCGUGUUCAGGCUUCACAACACUGCACUCUUCUGAUAAAACCGCUUUCCACAUACUUCACACAUGUAAUUUUUUUCUCCAGUGUGUAA